UUGAAAUACGAAGAGAGGGAACCAAACCAUAUCGAAUCAAAUCAUUACCUAGAACCGAAAGUUAGGGUUUAAGGUUCGUUUGUCUCAUCUCAUCAUCAUGAGCAGAUCAGGACAACCACCGGAUUUGAAGAAGUAUAUGGACAAGAAGCUUCAGAUCAAACUGAAUGCAAACCGCACGAUUGUUGGUACUCUCCGUGGCUUUGACCAGUUUAUGAAUUUAGUUGUUGACAAUACUGUGGAAGUGAAUGGCAAUGAGAAAAAUGACAUAGGGAUGGUGGUUAUCAGAGGAAAUAGUGUGGUCACUGUUGAAGCGCUUGAGCCCGUGAACAGGAGCUGAUUUCGUGUGAACAUUUAUAAGAAUUUUUUCAUGUUUCAACGGUUGUGUAUUUGAACAACGUAGCUAUUGAGGGUAACUUGUAAUUGGGAAUCAUAAUAGAAUCACGUUGGCCAGUAAUUUGGGGUUCAUUUUCUGGCAAAAUUGUCGGGUGGGAUAACUGUAGUGAUUUAGUGUGAUUGCUGUGAUUUGACCCUAUUGAAAAUUUGAAAUAUAUCACUUUUAGCUGAUUUCUCA